CAGUUUCACCGCCUUGUGUCCGGGUUGACCAGCGCUAGUUGUGGAUCAAGUCUCAUCCCAGCCGCUUCAACCUCCUCGUUCCUCGCUCCGGCUCCGGCUCCGGCUCUGGGUCUUGUCUUGUCUUGCAUUUGAGUGAAUUAAUUGAAAAGGCAACACACACACACACACAGAUAGUAACACAGACAGAUACAUAUACACACACACAGUGACACAGACACAGAUAGACACACACACACAGAUCCACAGAUAGUAACACAGACAGAUACAUAUACACACACAGGUAGAUACACAGUAACACACACACAGACACACACACAUACAGAUACACACAGACAGAUAUACACACAGACAGAUACACACACACACACAGAUAGAUACACACACAGACAGAUACACACACAGACAGAUAGACAUACACACACAGACAGAUACACACAUACACACACACAUAGAGAUAGACAUAGACACACACAGACAGAUACACACACAUACACACAGACAGAUAGAUACACACACAGACAGAUACACACACAUACACACAGACAGAUAGAUACACACACAGACAGAUACACACACACAUAGAGAUAGACACACACACACAGACAGAUACACACACACACAGAUAGAUACACACACAGACAGAUACACACACAUAGCGAUAGACACACACAAAGAUACACACAGAUACACACCCAGUGACACUCACAGCUCCGGGGAUGUCGGUCAACGUGGAGAAACUAACCAUGGAGCUGGAUACCUUCGGCUUGGUUAUUGAUGGAGACAGUAUGCAAGAGAAACUGGUGGAGUUGUGCAUUACGUACCGCUUGAAGGAGGGUGAGAUUGUCGAAGAGUGGAUUGCAUUCAGCCAUAGUCAGCGACAAGUUUCGCUGACUAUGGAAAAUCUGGACAUCUUUGAGCAUGAGAAACUUAGCAAGAGGCCAGUGAAGGCUCAACAUCGAGCACCUAUACAGAAUCUGAACACUCUGGAAGACCUCGUUCAGGCAGAUGAGGAGGAGGCAGACCUUCUGGAUUCAUACUCCACACCAGGAAGGGCGGCUUCACAGAAGCGAGCGCUGACCACCCCAGAAAACAGGCUGUCGAAGAAGGGGUCAAAUGCCCGCAGCCCACGUCUACUCUUCUCCCCGGCCUCCUUCUCGCCCAGCGCCACCCCGUCUCAGAAGUACGCUUCCAGAACUAACCGGGGCGAGGUUGUUGCGUCGUUCGGCACGGUGAGAGGGGCGGUGUGGCAUGGCAGCGGUGGGCAGAGUGUCAGCGUGAAGCUGCUGACAGCGCCCGACAAAUCCAUCACCGAACCCUUCAAAUACAUGUUCCAGAAACUCUACGACAUCCGCGAAGUUCUGAACUGCAAGAUCGAGGAUUUGGGUCUGUCUUUGACUGAUCGCCACCACAUUGAGAGCUUCAGACCAGUUGCCAUACCAACACAGGAGUCAGUAACGUUUCUGGGACAAGUUGCCUGUGACAGCAAUGGCAAACUGAAUGCAAAGUCGGUGAUGUUGCAGGGCGAUCUGGAACAUUCGGUGGGGCUGCAAGUGCCGGUGGAUCUGUCAGAGUUGAAGGAAUAUUCUCUCUUCCCCGGCCAGGUGGUGGCUCUGGAGGGUAUAAACAGCACCGGGCGAUGCAUCACAGCCUCCCUGUUACAUGAGGCUGUUCCCCUGCCUUUCCACAGUCCGACCACGGAAUUUAAGGAGGAGGAGGUGGAAUUGGAAGGUCUGGAGCAGCAGAUGGUUGUGGUGGCCUGCGGACCCUACACCACGUCGGACAGCUUCACCUUCGACCCCAUGAUGGAUCUCAUCGACGCCAUCAACAGAGACCAACCAGAUGUCUGCAUAUUGUUGGGGCCGUUCGUGGACUGCAAACACGAGCAGAUUGAGAAAUGCCAGCUGACGGUGCCAUUCCAGGACGUUUUUAAGCGAUGCAUGAAAGGAAUUGUGGAAGGAACGAGGGGCUCUGGGUCGCACCUUGUGUUCGUGCCGUCGCUGCGAGAUGUGCAUCACGACUUUGUCUACCCUCAGCCGCCGUUCCGCGGCUACGAACCCGCCAAGGAAGAUAAGGGGCGAGUGCAUUUUGUCUCUGACCCCUGCACGCUGGACAUCAACGGGGUGGUCUUCGGGGUGACAGCGACCGACGUUCUCAUGCACAUGAGCGCAGAGGAGAUCAACAGCUCGCUGGGAGGGUCGGACAGGUUCACGAGGAUCCUGAAGCACAUCCUGACUCAGAGAAGCUACUACCCCCUCUAUCCUCCCGCAGAAGAGAUGAACAUCGACUACGAAUGUUUUCAGAAGUACGCACAGCUUCCCGUGACCCCCCCUCGACGUCCUUAUCGUUACUUCCGUCGAGAGCUUGAUGUCCUAGGCUGUACCUGCAUCAACCCAGGUAGGUUGACCAAGGGCCAGGUCGGUGGUUCGUAUGGACGUCUGUUUGUCCAGAAGCAGCGGAGCGGGGAGAGUCAGAGACGGACGCCAUGCCUGGCCGCACAGGUGCUGAAAAUCUGACCACCUCCGGACCGACCGAUCUGUCCGAUUACCGACCCCGGAUGUGUGAGAGAGAGAGAGAGAGAGAGAGGGACCCCCAGAACUGCCAGGGACAUCCAGAUACAUGUAAAUAAAUAAAUCAAAAUUAAAAAAAAGUUUAACGCUG